GAUACGAAUAUUGAAUGAUGAUUCCACCUAAAGUUUUUCCAUCACCGGGAAUAACCUUGUAAUCGAGUCAAACUUUGGUACUAAAAUGAAGCAUAACGUUUGUAUGGUGUCAGACUUUUUCUUCCCUAAUACUGGAGGUGUUGAGAGUCAUAUCUAUCAGUUAUCACAAUGUUUGUUAGCCAGAGGUCAUAAGGUGGUUGUGAUCACCCAUGCAUACGGUGAAAGAACAGGGAUCAGAUACCUUACAAACUUUCUCAAGGUAUAUUACUUGCCAUUCGGUCCAUUCUACAAUCAGUGUGUCCUACCUACGGUGUUUACAACCCUGCCUCUUAUUAGGAAUAUACUCAUCAGAGAAAACAUCACCAUCGUUCAUGGUCACUCAUCCUUCUCUACAAUGGCCCAUGAAGCCAUGUUUCAUGCUAAAACCAUGGGUUUAAAGACAGUCUUUACAGACCAUUCUCUCUUUGGUUUCGCUGAUGCAAGUUCCAUCAUCACCAACGCCAUCCUUCAAUUCUCAUUGGCUGAUGUCAAUCAUGUGAUCUGCGUGUCACACACAAGUAAAGAGAACACUGUCCUGAGGGCAUCUAUGUCACCUAGUCUUGUCUCGGUCAUACCCAAUGCUGUGGAUCCUACUGUCUUUAAACCUGAUACAUCCAAGAGGAAACAAGAUAGAAUAACGAUUGUGAUAGUGAGUCGUCUGGUGUACAGGAAAGGUAUGGAUCUACUUGCUGCCAUCAUACCUAUCAUAUGUAAAGCACAUCAUGAUGUAGACUUCCUCAUUGGUGGAGAUGGGCCGAUGAGAAUCAAUAUUGAAGAAGUAAGAGAGCGUUACCUGCUUCAGGAAAGGGUCACUAUGCUGGGGGCUGUCCAACAUUCAAAUGUCAAAAACGUGCUGAACCAAGGAGACAUAUUCAUCAAUGCAUCACUCACUGAAGCCUUCUGUAUAGCCAUUGUGGAAGCAACUCUGUGUGGAUUACAGGUUGUGAGUACGAGAGUAGGAGGAGUGCCUGAAGUCUUGCCUGAAGAUCUUAUACUACUUGUUGAACCUAGUGUGAAAGGUAUCUUGAGUGGAUUAGAAGAAGCCAUAUCAAGAAGAAGAAUGGGAACCUUUCUGUGUCCUGAGGCCGUCUAUCAACGCAUGGCUCAUGUCUAUACCUGGCAAAAUGUUGCCAAGAGAACAGAGAAAGUUUAUGAUAGCAUAUUGAAUGAUGAAACUCUUAGCCUAUCACAACGAUUUGAGUGCUACUACAAGUGUGGACCAGCAGCAGGAAAAUUCUUUGUUCUUCUUGCAGCGAUCAACUUCAUUUUCUUCUGGUUCUUGGAGUGGUUUUGUCCGAGAGAGGAUAUUGACAUGGUCCCUGGAUUGCCAGAAGCACAGUCAUUGACCAAAGGAACGGAAUGCCCUUCUGCUACCACUAGGACUUUAGAUCCUUCUGCAACUAAAGACUAUCCUGCAUUGAGUCACAGAGUAACAAGGUCUAAGGCAAGGAGAAAGCAAGUUGUACAGAGUUGAUAGAGGACUAUCAAGAGACUUUAGAUCCUUCUGCAACUGAAGUCUCUCCUGCAUUGAGUCACAGAGUAACAAGGUCUAAGGCAAGGAGAAAGCAAGUUGUAAAGAGUUGAUAGAGGACUAUCAAGAGACUUUAGAUCCUUCUGCAACUGAAGUCUCUCCUGCAUUGAGUCACAGAGUAACAAGGUCUAAGGCAAGGAGAAAGCAAGUUGUACAGAGUUGAUAGAGGACUAUCAAGAGACUUUAGAUCCUUCUGCAACUGAAGUCUCUCCUGCAUUGAGUCACAGAGUAACAAGGUCUAAGGCAAGGAGAAAGCAGGUUGUACAGAGUUGAUAGAGGACUAUCAAGAGACUUAAGAUCCUUCUGCAACUGAAGUCUCUCCUGCAUUGAGUCACAGAGUAACAAGGUCUAAGGCAAUGAGAAAGCAAGUUGUAAAGAGUUGAUAGAGGGCUAUCAAGAGACUAUAGAUCCUUCUGCAACUGAAGACUCUCCUGCAUUGACUCACAGAGUAACAAGGUCUAAGGCAAGGAGAAAGUAAGUUGUACAGAGUUGAUAGAGGGCUAUCAAGAGACUUAUACAGUUAUCCUUAGUUGACAGUGAGAGACUCAGAGGAUGGACCACAUCUUGCAGUGCGGCGGAACGGGUUGCACAGAUGAAGACCUGGCCCUUGUGAAUGAAACGGCCAUUGCAGCAAUCGGGCGGUGGAAGAACUUAAUUUAAUUUAAUUUAAUUUAAUUAAGGAACUUUACAUAACUAUCUUAAUCUAAGGAGACACGAACAAACAAAGUGUAGGUAUGUAUUGAAUACCACUACUCACUUCCAUGCCAUGGAUGGCAAAUCUUUGCCGAGAAUUGAAUAUUUUAUUUAGACUCAGAAUGGCUGCAUUUCCCCCUUAAAACAGAAUCAGGUACCUUCAUUGUAAAGUUGAAGUAUGUAUUCUAUACCCAGUUUGCUGAUGAAACAAAUAAUUUUCAUGGACCAUAUUCAAUGCUUGAUUUAAUGAAAAUUAACUGCAUUGUCAUCUGGAAACUUUUUCGCAAAUCAUGAGAAAUUGAAAAAAGAGGUUGCAUUAUCAUCAGUGUAUUUUUUCUAAAAGCACAAGAUGUGCUGAUGUUUUGUUUUGUCUUAAAUCUCUUCUUACAAAGAAUGAUUAAUAUUAACCUUUACAAAGUCUUCUAUUAGUCUUGAAACAAUAUAAAGGUUCAGAUUUAUAUGGCCAGCCCAGACAACUUUAACCUUCAUUUCAAUGUUCCUUUUACUCAUUCUGAAUCAGUAUUCAUUUCUAAGAGUCCAUGAAAUAUUGGGAAAUUAUGUGGGAGUGGGAAUACUGAAUGUAUCCCCAAAAUUGGUUGAGAUGCAAAAUUAUCUUCUCUACUCUUUAAAAGUAAAUUUACACUCAAUCUAGGGUAUCUUAAAUAUGCUGGUAUGUUAAAACUUUUGUCUAAAUUUUGCCUCAAAUAAACAUAUUCCCCAAAAUGAAAUGAAGUGAAUAAGAAAUAUUUUGACCCAAAUGACCCAAGUCUUGAUUUAUUGAUAUGAUAUGAAGAGGAGAUUAGACAAGUAUGUGAUAUACUACAUAUCUGUAUCUAAAUUCAUGAUACUUACUUAAUGAGCGAUGAUGUAUGUAUAAAAGUGGAAAUGUAUCCACUCUUUGUUCUUUCAGUAAGGUAUUGUUAUGCAAUCAUACAUAUUGUAUUUGCAGCUGAUGAAUGCUAUUCCAAAUGUAAGUACUGUUCUUAUGCAAAUCUACAUGAUUGAAUGGAAGACCACCUCUAUUAGUGAUUAUAAAUGUCAGAAAUAAAUAAAUGAAUAAAUUGUGCAUGAAUCUCUUUCACUCAAAUGUAUUUUAUAUUUUUUUUGGACAGUCUUACACCACCAUGGUUUGAAAUGUGAUGUUAGAGUUAGGAAUGCUGUGAAUGUAUUAGGAUUUGUUUUACCUAUAACGUCAACUCUCUGACCAGAAUAUCAUUCUUGUGUCAAAUAAGAAUUUGAAUCAAUCACUGUGCUCAGAACUGCCAUUGUGUAGCGUAACAACCAUUUUUUUUUAAAGCAUAACAUAUUGGGAAUAUUUAUUAUGCAUUUCAAGUACCUAUGCAAUUUUUUUUUCUAUGGUUGAAUUGAUUCUCUUUCCAUCUGAAGUGUUUCAUAAGUUCCAUGGACAGUUGUUUAUCUUUUCACUGUGGUUUGAAAUGUUAUGUCAUGCUUUGGACCAAUUUUAUCAAAAUUAGCAUCUGACCAGAAUGUUCAUAUUAGAAUUGGAAUUAAAUCCCUGUUCCCAGAACUGCCAUAUAGUAGCAUAACAAUAAUGUGCUGCGUUUCAAGUUUGGGAAUAUGGUGUAAAAUUGUAAGACAAAAAGAUGUAAGUUUGAGUGGAAAUGCAUUCCUGAAUAUGUAUCUUUUGACAAAUUUGUAUAUAUAUGAGAUAAGGAAUAUAGAAAAUGGUAUAGGAGAUUGAAUUUUUUAUAUUAAAAUUAUCAUAUUUUAGA